CAAGUAGAAAUACAAAUGGAAAAAUUCGAAGGGUAUUCAGAAAAACAGAAAUCUCGUCAACAAUACUUUGUCUACCCACUUCUCUUUCAGGAGUAUAUUUAUGCAUUUGCUCAUGAUUAUGGAUUAAACGGUUCUGAACCUGUGGAAAUAGUUAGUUGGAAUAACAAGAAAUUUAGUUCACUACUUGUGAAACGUUUAAUUAUUCGAAUGUAUCAGCAGAAUUUUUUGGAUAACUCGGUUAAUCAUCCUAAUCAAGAUCGAUUAUUGGAUUACAAAAUUUUUUUUUAUUCUGAGUUUUAUUCUCAGAUUCUAUCUGAGGGGUUUGCGAUUGUUGUGGAAAUCCCAUUCUCGCUACGGGAAUUAUCUUGUCCGAAAGAAAAAGAAAUACCAAAGUUUCAGAAUUUACGCUCUAUUCAUUCAAUAUUUCCCUUUUUAGAAGACAAAUUUUUGCAUUUGGAUUAUCUAUCACAUAUAGAAAUACCCUAUCCUAUCCAUUUGGAAAUCUUGGUUCAACUCCUUCAAUACCGUAUCCAAGAUGUUCCAUCUUUGCAUUUAUUGCGAUUCUUUCUCAACUACUAUUCGAAUUGGAAUAGUUUUAUUACUUCAAUGAAAUCCAUUCUUUUUUUUCAAAAAGAAAAUAAAAGACUAGUUAAAUUCCUAUAUAACUCUUAUGUAUCAGAAUAUGAAUUUUUCUUGUUGUUUCUUCGUAAACAAUCUUCUUGCUUACCAUUAGCAUAUUCUGGAACUUUUCUGGAACGAAUCCACUUUUCUAGGAAGAUGGAACAUUUUGGGAUAAUGUACCCUGGUUUUUCUCGGAAAACCUUAUGGUUCUUUAUGGAUCCUCUUAUACAUUAUGUUCGAUAUCAAGGAAAGGCAAUUCUUGCAUCAAAAGGCAGUUUUUUUUUGAAAAAGAAAUGGAAAUGCUACCUUAUCAAUUUCUGGCAAUAUUAUUUCUUUUUUUGGACUCAGCCGCGAAGAAUCCAUAUAAACCAAUUAGCAAACUCUUGCUUCGAUUUUAUGGGAUACCUUUCAAGUGUACCAAAAAGUCCUUUGUUGGUAAGGAAUCAAAUGCUGGAGAAUUCAUUUCUCAUAGAUACUCGAAUGAAAAAAUUCGAUACCAUAGUCCCCGCUACUCUCCUCAUAGGAUACUUAUCAAAAGCUCAAUUUUGUACUGGAUCGGGGCAUCCUAUUAGUAAACCCAUUUGGACGGAUUUAUCAGAUUGGGAUAUUCUUGAUCGAUUUGGUCGGAUAUGUAGAAAUCUUUUUCAUUAUCAUAGUGGAUCUUCGAAAAAACGGACUUUGUAUCGACUAAAGUAUAUACUUCGACUUUCAUGCGCUAGAACUUUAGCUCGUAAACAUAAAAGCACGGUACGAACUUUUAUGCAACGAUUGGGUUCGGCAUUUUUAGAAGAAUUUUUUACGGAAGAAGAGCAAGUUUUUUCUUUGAUGUUCACCAAAACAACUCUUUUUUCUUUCAGUGGAUCACACACUGAGCGUAUUUGGUAUUUGGAUAUUAUAGGUAUCAAUGACCUGGUCAACCCUCUUAAUUAAUCAUUAGACAAAACUAAUAAACAGGAAAGGGUUGAUAAAUGAUCAAGAAAAAACUUUCAUAUUUUUCAUUCUGAAAUGUUCCUUUUAUUAUAA